AUGACCAACCCGAGACAAAAUUCCAUGUCUGUUGAUAAUGACGAUCCUCCCCCAUUAUACGAAGCUCUAUGGGGUGCAGAAGAUAGAUCAACCGGACGACUAAUGCCUCCAUCCGAACCAUCAUGUUUCUCUGCACCCUUAUCUGACCUUUUUCUGGCCGAUGAUGGUCGCGUGGACAUGCGAGUUGGAUCCCGAUUCAGCCGCAACCUUGAAUGGCAGAUGGAUAACCAACCUAUUGAAGCGGAGUCACCUAGGUCGGCAGAGGCAGCCCCAACAUUUGCGGCUCAUUUUGAUCUUUGCCUAAACAUUGUCAUCCAAGUGGUGGGCAGUCACGGUGACGUACAGCCCUUCGUCGCGUUGGGCGAGGAGUUGCAACGACAUGGACACCGUGUGCGGUUGGCAACCCACGCCAAGUUUGAAGCAUUUGUCAAGUCAGCUGGACUCGAGUUCUACCCUAUCGGCGGAGAUCCGGUUGAACUAAUGUCAUACAUGGUGCGCAAUCCGGGCCUCAUUCCGAGCAUGAAGAGUCUUUUAGCGGGUGAUAUUCAACAGAAGCGAGCCUCGAUUGCCGAGAUUCUACAAGGCUGCUGGCGGUCUUGCAUAGAUCCAGACCCACACGACAAAAAGCCAUUUGUUGCAGAUGCUAUCAUUGCAAACCCGCCAAGCUUUGCCCAUCUACAUUGUGCACAAGCCCUUGGGAUCCCGGUUCACCUUAUGUUUACCAUGCCUUGGACUGGUACCAGAGCCUUUCACCAUCCUCUUGCAAAUUUGAAAUAUUCUGGGAACGAUCCUACGAUAGGAAAUAUUAUCUCCUAUUAUUUUGUUGAAUGGGUUACAUGGCAAGGACUAGGUGAUCUGAUAAACAAGUGGCGGAAGGAUACUCUAGAGCUAGAUCCCAUUCCAGCCAUAGAAGGUCCGAAUCUGCUCGAGACGCUAAAAGUCCCCUUUACAUACUGUUGGUCGCCGACAUUGGUUCCAAAACCGGAGGACUGGGGCUCGCAUAUAGAUGUUGUUGGCUUCUUCUUUCGUGAUCCAGGUGCAUAUGAUCCACCGGCAGACCUAGAUGCCUUUUUGUGUGCGGGCCCACCACCCAUUUACAUCGGAUUUGGCAGCAUAGUUCUCGAGGACGUGGAAGGAACCAUCUCAAUCCUUCUAGAGGCAAUUCAAAUGACAGGGGUACGCGCUAUAAUCUCUGGUGGCUGGAGUGAACUGCAUGGUCAAGAUACUCCUGAUGUUCAUUAUAUUCGAGACUGUCCACACGAGUGGUUAUUCAAGCAAGUCGCCGCUGUCGUACAUCAUGGUGGUGCCGGUACUACAGCAUGUGGUCUACGCAACGGGAAGCCUACCACUAUUAUUCCCUUUUUUGGAGAUCAACCAUUUUGGGGUAACAUGGUGGCCGCCAUCGGGGCUGGGCUGGAUCCAAUCCCUUAUAAAAGCCUGACGGCACAGAAGCUAGCAGACGCUAUUUCCUAUUGCCUCACCCCACAUGCUGUGACAGUGGCUCAGUAUAUUGCGGACAAAUUCCAACAAGAAUCUGGUGUACGUGCAGCAGUAGAUUCGUUCCAUGCACACCUUCCACAAAAAAAGAUGAAAUGUGACUUCAUCCCAGGAAAGGUUGCAGUGUGGAAAAUAAUGAAGGGAAAGCGGAUCUUUAAACUGUCUAACGCAGCCGCAUUGAUUUUGAAAAGCGAAGGGCGGUUCCAAAAGAAACACCUUAGAAGUUAUCAGAGCAAGCCAUUUACAGUUGAGUGUCAACGCUGGGAUCCAGUUACGGCCGUUUCACUGGCCUCACUAUCAACCUUUAGCGGUAUGGCCGAUGCCACAGCCGGCAUUUUUAUCGAUCCUUAUAAAAAAUACAAGCAUCUCCGAUCAAGUCGAUAUUCAAGUACUUCUAUCUCAGCCGAGGUGCCCUCAAUGACACACAUUACAACACAUUUCGAUGCCGAUGUGGAUCCGAAUCAUCUUUCGAAUGAUCCUGAGUACGCUAAACAAAUGGCACUAGCUUCAGCAAUCAGUCUCGGAAAAUUCCUCGGACGAUCUUCACGCGGCAUGUUUGUCGAUCUACCCCUCGCGGCAACAGAAGGGAUGCUGGCCAUCCCCAAACUAUAUGACGCUCAAACCAGAGUACAUGGUCCUGUGCGAGGAUGGAAGAGCGGUGCAGUUGUGGGGUGGUCGAUUUUCAGCCGCGGUCUUUACGAAGGCUUCACAGAUAUAUUCGUGCAUACAUACUAUGGCAAGAAAAACGAGGGCUCUUUUGGAGUAGCCAAAGGAUUAAUGAAGGGUUUCACCAGCUUGACUGUUAAAACGGGAGCUGCCACGAUCGGCCUGGCUGCUUAUUCAAAUCAAGGGAUAUAUCGGUCCCUUCGGGCCCGUUUAAGGACCGAACUUACUAGGCGGGUUGUGGAAGCGCGAUGGGCUGAGGCAGAAUGGAUCGUGAAUGAUGGGAGCGGCGUGAAUGUAGAUGUGAUGGCGUUAUGUUCUUUAUAUGACGAUUUGUUGGUUAUGAGGGACAAAGCACACAGAGCACGCUGGAACUUUGGCUAA